CCCCUUCUGAUUGGUGCAAGAAUACAUUUCGCGGAGCGUCGAUGCCUUUUGCUAUAUACUCAACUGUUUUUUAAUCAUUCUCAUAGACUUGCUAACUAAACCGCUAAAUAUUGACAGCUAGUCUUCACCGGCCUGCAGAAUACAUGGUCGGCCUGAUGCCAUUUCUAUAAAACAGAAUAAGUUAGGAAUCAAUUCGCUAGAGCGCAGGGUACGCGGUGCACAGGACAAUUAAUUAUUCUUUUACAGUAUAGUAAUUAUUUUUUUAAUAAACUAAAUUGAUAUCAUUGAUAAAUCAUAUGAUUGAUAUGCAGAGAUAUUCUCCGAUGGGAAAUCAUUUUGAAUAAUACUCUAUCUCAUUCUGGACUCAUCAACAUUAUCUAAUUCCUGCAUCGCGUAUCGACAUUGUGAAUCAAUGCUGAAUUCACUGAAAUGUAGAUAGGGAGGGAAACAGUUCAAAAUUCAGCUGUGCAAUGGACCGAAAUCAUUCUAACCUUCUGAAUAUAAGCGGCCUGUAUUUGUAUUAUCAAUGAGAGAGGUUAUAUUUGCUUAUUUUGUGUGACUGAAAGUGGUAGAGUGAAGGCAGAAGAAAUCUGUAUUUCAAGAAAGUUUUCUGCUGUUGACACACCAUUCAAAAAUGUGAAGUACUAUGACAAUGAAAAAUAAUGUAUAAGCAUUGUGGGAGAACCUGUGAUGUUAUUAAAUAAUUCAGUUUUCUGUUGAACUGACAAUGCCCAUAAAAUCUAGUGGCAUGUUGUGAUUAUAGGUUGAUGGUGGAAUGACUUGUAGUUCAUUCAUUCUGAUUUAAUCUGUUGUAUAGACUUCUGUCAAUUUGUAGAACUAAUGGUGUUCAAAUACUCUUCACUCUUAAAGACUAGCAGUGCCAUCGUUCUAUUGUCAGGUGGUGGUUGGACCUGUUAUCAAAUAUACCAAAUGAAAUAUGCUAUUACUCACAUACUUAAAACUGAAGUUCUUGAAGUAGAAAAAAAGCGAGCUGAAUAUAUUUACAUUAACGAUCCUACAUUUAAAGAGGAAAUAGAUUUAUUUAAAGAUGAGAAGACAGAUAUAUUUAAAAGGCUAUCAGUUUUUCAGUGGUGGGUAUCUUGGAAAAACUCUUUGGCAUGGCGAUUAUUACACAUGGCCCAAACAGGUGAUCAGAGAGACAGAUUAGAAGCAGUUCGAUCUUUAGUGGACAUUAAAGAUUUAAAAGAUUCUGACUACAGACAGCUAGCACAAGCAUGUGAUGCGAGAACUGCUGUGGGCCUUGCAAGAACUAGAGGAGUUGAUCUUCGAUUUUUCUUAAAUCCACCAUAUUUUCAUGAAAAGGUGACCAAAAUUCAUCGCCACAAAAUUCUUGAUCAUGACAUCACUUCAAUUGAUUCUCCAGAAUCUACCAUUCCAAAUGAAGAACUUUUACCACUUACUUUAAGAAAUUUAUUACAUCAUUCUGCUGUUGGGGACAAUGCAAAAGACAUAGCUCAGAAAGGUGGUUUGGCUCUAAUGACAACUAUUUAUAAAUUUUGUGAAGAUAAUGUAGGGAUAUCCAUUUUACUGGCAUCUUUAUUAGCAAAUAUAUCGAUUCAUAAGGAUUUAUUGGAAGACAUUUUUCGCUCAGGAUGGAUUGGAAUUUUGGCCAAGUGGUCUCAAAACCAAAAUAUUCGUCUCUCUGCACCAGCAACGAAAGCUUUGGCUAACUUAGAUUCUGAUGAUGUUCGAACUGCAUUGUAUCCUCGCCGUGUGUACUUAUUACAUCCUACAUGGAGAAGAAGCCCUCGCCCCAAAAUGGAUGUUGUGUUUGUGCAUGGACUUCUUGGAGGAGUUUUUGUGACUUGGCGAAUGAGAGACCAAGAUCCUUGGUCUACUCCUCCAGAAGCAGGAGAGCAGUAUUAUAGUGAUGAUCCAUCACGAAGCAUCAGUGAUGAGAAAACAAAGGAAUAUUUGGCAGGAUGGGAAGAAGAGUGGAAACAGUUGGGGUUGGACUACGAAUUUGUGAUGGAUGAUGCUCCUGAGGAUUGUAAUAAACAGGCAACUGGACCAUUCUGUGUGAGUAGAGGGACUCUGGUGGAGCGUAGCGAAGCUCUGCGCCUCAAAUUGCUGGAAGCAGGAGUGGGGCAGAGGCCUGUAGUGUGGGUUACUCAUUCAAUGGGGGGCAUUCUAGUAAAGAAUAUGCUUGUCAAAGCUUGGGAAAGCAGUGAUCCAGUGCAGAGGCAGCUGACCAUGAACAGCAAGGCAGUGGUGUUCUACAGUGUGCCUCACAAGGGCUCUCCUCUGGCUGCCAUGGCUCCCACUGCCAAAUUCUUCUUAUGGCCCACUAUUGAAGUACAGGAAUUACGGGAAAAUUCCCCAGCAUUACUUGAUCUUCACAAACGGUUCCUUCAGAUGCUGAAGGAAAUUCCUAUGGAUAUAAUAAGCUUUGCUGAAACUAAACCUACUGCUGUUCGCCCAUUGCUCAUGGAAGUUUUUCUAGUCCCUCCCAAAUCAGCUGAUCCAGGAGUGGGAGAAUAUUUCCAAAUACCCCAAGAUCAUAUCUGCAUUUGCAAGCCAGCUAGUAGGCAUCAGCUUGUGGAACAGACGCUCGUUCCUGUACCAGAAACUGCUUCAUGUAGUUUCUAAAUUGAGUGAAUCGUCAUAGUUCACAAUCUGAAUUAGAAGAUAGAAGAAGGAAACUAUCUUACCAGUGAUAAUUCUGAUGUAUUCCUGCUGAUCAAAAGACAAGUUGUUGGCACCUUUUUAUAUACAAGUUGUGUUCCGAGUCAACUCUAUUCUGAAGUAGUGUGUGCAGUGUAAUGAAAUAUAGAAAUGAUAAUCUUUGAUUGUUAUGUUUAGUUUCUAGAGGUGUGAAUGAUAGCAGUAAUUAACUUAUUUGAAUCAUAAUUGUAUUAUUUGAUUUGUGAUAAUAUUGUCGAUGACCUGCACCUGUGCAGAUUUUGUACAUUUGUCAAGAAAAAAAAAAAAAAAAGAAAGAAAAAAAAGGGCAUAUAUUGAAAUGUUUCCACUAUAU